AUGGCCCACCCAAUCCCAGGAGCAAACUGGCCCCGGCGCGGCACCGCCCUUGGAGGUCAGCUUCGCCAACCAGCAAGUAGGAAAGAGGCGGACCCGCCUUCGGAAUCCAUCCAAUCCGCUGGGGCUGGAGGGAAAACACAACAGUAUGGAAGUUCGGGUGAAGCGGGCGGGUCAGGUUCGGUUGCGAAUGCAGGGGAGAAAAGGCAGGCGUGUCAGCCGGCCUGGAAGAGGCGCCUCGGUGGCUUUUCUGUUUUAAGAAAAUGCAGCCCGCUCCAGACACCUGCCGAUCUCAGCCAGGAGUCUCCGGCGCAGAGCCCGAGGCCAGGGACACUGGUGUGUUUACAUCGAAUUCUCGCGACAGCUGAUUCGAAGCUAAAAGCACGUGGACGUGGCAGCUGCCAAUCACUUUUUCCUGGCCACUCAGACUGCCCUAGCCCGCCCUCCGCCCCGCCUGCGGUGAUGUGUUUACCUUCCGGGAGUCUAGGCUGGCUGGUCCCUGGUCAGCCCGGCAGCCGAUUUAACUUCAGGGUCAAAAGACCUCUCAGGGCCUUCAAGAUGACUGGGACGGUAAAGGUCCCUGCUGCCAAGCCUGACCACCUGAGUUCAGUGCCCAGGACUCAACAUGGAAGAUGAGAACAAGUUGUCCUCUGACCCCAACACAUGUACCAUGGCAUGAAAGCGCCCAUCCCCAU